CUGAUUCUGCAUGGCCCAGCGAUCAACCAGUUUCUGAUUCUCUUCCAAGUCAUCACAGAAGAGAGGGGGUUUGUGUCACGUGUUGUCUUCGCUGGGAGAACGCUUCACAGCACUAAUGGCGGAGAAACAGUUGAUUGUAGUCGUGGAAGGGACUGCUGCCAUGGGUCCAUUUUGGCACACCAUUGUCUCUGAUUACCUUGAGAAGAUCAUCAGGCGCUUUUGUGGCAAUGAAUUAGCAGGGCAGAAGCUUUCUGGUGCAAAUUUCGAGCUCGCUCUUGUUGUGUUUAAUGCUCAUGGAUCAUUUAGUGCUUGUUUGGUUCAACGGAGUGGCUGGACAAAAGACAUGGAUGUUUUCUUGCAUUGGCUCUCAGCUAUACCAUUUACUGGUGGCGGUUUCUUUGAUGCUGCUAUUUGUGAAGGGCUUUCUGAAUCUCUAAUGAUGUUCUCUAUGGCUCCCAUUGGAAGCCGAACACAGAAAAAUUUGGACGGACAAAGGCAUUGCAUUCUUGUAGCUGUUAGUAAUCCCUAUCCCCUGCCCACACCAGCGUAUCGGCCACCAAUCCAAACUAUGGAUCAGAAUGAUAACAUUGAAGUGAAAACAGAAAGUUGCCUUGCUGAUGCUGAGACAGUUGUUGAGUCAUUCGCUCAGUUCUCUGUCUCUUUCUCAGUCAUUUCUCCAAAACAGCUUCCAAAACUUAGAACGAUAUAUAAUGCGGGAAAGCGUAAUCCACAGGCAGCAGAUCCAUCUGCCGAUAGCUUAAAUAAUCCGCAGUUUCUUGUUCUACUGUCAGAGAGUUUCAUGGAGGCUCAUGCUGCUUUAAGUCAUCCUGGAAUGACAAGUUUAGCAUCAAAUCAAAGUCCAGUAAAGAUGGAUACAGCUUCAAUUCCUGCAGUUUCAGGGACUCCUUCAACCUCAGUCCCUUCAGUGAAUGAAUCACUGAUGAAUCGUCAACCACUUCCUGUUGGAAAUAUUCCCACUGCAACUGGAUACUCGAGCCUAGCCAUUUCACAAGCAUUGAAUAAUCUUCAAGGUGAUGUAAGCCUGGGUCAGUCCGUGCCUGGCAUGAACCAAGGAAAUUCUUCAGGAACACAAAUGGGACAAAGUGGAAUUGGCUUGAACCAAAAUAUAAUGAACAACAUUGGUCCAUCAGGUGUUUCAUCUGGAGCUCGCACAAUGAUUCCCACUCCUGGAAUGCCUCCACAAGUACAGAGUGGGAUGCAACCUCUUCGUGCAACAAAUAAUUCUGCAGCUGACAUGCCCUUGCCCCAACAGACAUCAGGCACACAGCCACCACAAGUCAGAUAUAUAAAAGUAUGGGAGGGAGUAUUAGCUGGACUGAGGAGGCAAGGACAAUCUGUAUUUAUCACUAACCUUGAAGGCUACAGGAAUGCAGCUGCUUCUGUGACGCUUGCAACAGACUGGCCCAAUUUAAUGCAAAUAGUUAAUCUUAUUUCUCAGGACCACAUGAAUAACAAGAAGUAUGUGAGCAUGGCAGAUUUUCUAGUCUUUCGGGCAUUGAAUCUGCAUGGAUUUCUUGGACAAAUGCAAGAAAAGAAGCUUUGUGCAGUCAUCCAAUUACCUUCUCAAACUAUGCUGCUUUCAGCUCCUGACAAAGCCUGCCACUUGAUUGGAAUGCUAUUCCCUGGCGUAAGAUGAACUAAU